GGAAGCACACGCACAGCUUGUUCAUCUGGAAUUGGGCCUCUUCCCGUGGGAAGACAGACACUCGGUGUCUACAGACUGCAGUUACGCUUUUCGAAUCCAUUUGGCUUCACGAUAGAGGUGAUCGCAACCAAACCAAAAAAGAAAAAAUAGAAAAAGAAAAAGAACCGCUUCUUCAGGAAUGGAGGCAGACGGAGAAAAGAUCACUUGGCGGUCGCUGCCCAGAAAGGACCAACUGGCAAUUCUGUGUUUCUUACGGUUUGCUGAGCCCGUGGUCAGCAUUUCACUACUCACAUAUCUCUACUACCAGUUGCAGUCCUUGGACCCUAGCUUGGAAUCGGGGACGAUCGUCCAACAAGUAGCCUACUUGCAAACCAGUUUUAUGCUUUCGCAAUGCUUUUCCUCCAUGUUCCUUGGCAGGCUGGCCGAUUCUCCAAAGGGAGGGAGGAAACUCGUCCUUUUGAUGGGGCUAGCAGGGUCGUUUGUUGGUUGUGUGGCGUUUGGCUUCAUCACCAAUUUCAAGCAAGCCCUGGCAUUGCGUAUCCUCGAAGGGUUCGUGAACGGCAACGUGGCGACGGUGCGAACCAUGGUGUCGGAAGUAGUUGUCGAGAAGCGAUUUCAACCCCAUGCUUUUUUGCUGCUUCCAAUCUCCUUCAAUGUGGCUGCCAUGGCUAGUCCUUUGAUGGCUGGUCAGCUAGCAGAUCUCCCAGGUAAAUACCCGGACAAGUUUGGAAACAACGCCUUUUUGAAGGCGUGGCCAUACGCGCCCCCGGCGCUGGUAAGCGGCUUCAUCAUGCUGCUCGCCUUCUUCGCGGUGUUUUUCUUCCUGGAAGAGACUCUUGAGCCGCUGAAACACAGAUUCGACCCGGGACUAGCGGUUACCAAGAAGGUCCGAUCGGUUAUUUUCAGGAUUAGGACCUCGACUGACGAUCCGAUCUCUCCUGGUGACGCCACUGACGAAGAAAUGUCCCGCAUGCUUGACCAAGACCCGGAGUCGUCGGAAAGAGAGUCGGAAGAGCACAUCGAGUCUUUCAAAACUGCCAAAGUACCAAAGGUUCUUCCGACGAGAAGGAUCUUCACGAGAAACCUGUGCUACACCCUUUUGGCGUACGCGAUACAGGAAUACCACAUCACCACGUACAACACCCUCUGGACGAGCUUCCUCAGCGACCCGGUCGACCAAGAAAACCAAGCAAAGUUGCCGUUCUUCUUCUCCGGAGGCGCGGGCAUGAAGCCGGAUCAGAUAAUGUGGUCUCUCUUCAUGGUGGGAGUGCUAGGCCUUCCAACCCAGCUGCUCAUUUACCCCCGUAUCAACCGCCGACUGGGGACGCUCAAGAUGUGGCGCACUUUCAUGCUGGGCAUGCCCCUCAUGUACCUUGUAGUGCCGUACAUCGCGGCCAUGCCAUCGUCUACGCCGCCGCCAGCCGGGAAGACUGGAUUCCCCGUCUGGUUCCUCAUCAUCUCCGUUCAGAUGAUGAUGGUCGGGACAUCAACCUUUGUUGUCCCGGCACAGCUGGUCUUGACAAACCUAUCCUCGCCCCAUCCCUCGGCUCUGGCCAGAACCCAUAGCAGCGCUUUCUUGCUCUCGGGCCUGGUGCGGUCGGCCACGUCUGCCAUUGCCGGAGUGCUGUACAGCUAUGGCUCUUCCCACAACAUCACCGGAUUGGCUUGGUGGGUAGCCGGCGCGUUUGCUGUUCUUGGUUGUUGGAAUAGUCGGAUUGUGAAAGAAGGAAAUGGCCACGAGAUUUGGCUCACAGGUGAUGUCGAAUAAAGAGUUGACGUCCUGUCUCUCGACGUUCGUUUUUUGGCGAUAGAGUCCGUUUUUUUCACACACUCCUUGAUAAGAGUUCUGUUUUUCUAGACGAAACUAGCGAAUUUUCUCUCUUUAUAGAAUCGAUGAGGAGAUAGAACCAGAUCACCAGAGGCUGAUAGGAGAAGAGCCACACUCAUUGCCUGGUGCAUCAGAAGACAAAUC